AUGUGGCGAGUGCAUCACCUCAUCGUCCGCGCUUCCCUCGCGAUUCGCGCAACCCCACGUUACGAGCGCUGCUGCACUCGCGCAUGCCCUCGUCGCCCGCGCGUCCCCUCGUCGCCCGCGCGUCCCCUCGUCGCGCAAUGUUUCCCCUCGUCACGGAGCUUGCCCUCGUCUCCCACGCUCACCCGCGCUUCCCACGCUUACCCGUGUUUCCCGCGCUCUCCAGCGUCACCCGCGCUUUCCCGCGUCUCCCGCACUUACCUGCGUCAUCCCCACUUACCCGCGCUUAACCGCAUUUCCCGCGCGUACCCGCGUUUCCUGCGCUUACCCGAGCAUUCCCCCCACUUCUCCGCCUCCCUUUCCCCCCACACACCACCAGCAUUCCCCCCACUUGUCCGCCUCCCUUUCCCCCCACACACCACCAGCAUUCCCCCCACUUGUCCGCCUCCCUUUCCCCCCACACACCACCAGCAUUCCCCCCACUUGUCCGCCUCCCUUUCCCCCCACACACCACCAGCAUUCCCCCCACUUGUCCGCCUCCCUUUCCCCCCACACACCACCAGCAUUCCCCCCACUUGUCCGCCUCCCUUUCCCCCCACACACCACCAGCAUUCCCCCCACUUGUCCGCCUCCCUUUCCCCCCACACACCACCAGCAUUCCCCCCACUUGUCCGCCUCCCUUUCCCCCCACACACCACCAGCAUUCCCCCCACUUGUCCGCCUCCCUUUCCCCCCACACACCACCAGCAUUCCCCCCACUUGUCCGCCUCCUUUCCCCCCCACACACCACCAGCAAUUUCCACUCCCUCCUCCCUGCUUCCCCACUCCCUCCUCCCUGCUUCCUCCAUCCCUCCGCCCUGCUUCCCCCCUCCCUCCGCCCUGCUUCCCCCGUCCCUCCGCCCUGCUUCCCCACUCCCUCCGCCCUGCUUCCCCCCUCCCUCCGCCCUGCUUCCCCCCUCCCUCCGACCUGUUUCCCCCCACCCUCCGCCCUGCUUCCCCCCUCCCUCCGCCCUGCUUCCCCCCACCCUCCGCCCUGAUUCCCUCCUCCCUCCGCCCUGCUUCCCCCCUCCCUCCGCCUUGCUUCCCCCCACCCUCCGCCCUGCUUUCCCCCUCCCUCCGCCCUGCUUCCCCCCACCCUCCGCCCUGCUUCCCCCCUCCCUCCUACCUGCUUCCCCCCUCCCUCCGCCCUGCUUCCCCCCACCCUCCGCCCUGCUUCCCCCCUCCCUCCGCCCUGCUUCCCCCCACCCUCAGCCCUGCUUCCCCCCUCCCUCCGACCUGCUUCCCCCUUCCCUCCGCCCUUUUUCCCCCCUCCCUCCGCCCUGCUUCCCCCCUCCCUCCGCCCUGCUUCCCCCCUCCCUCCGCCCUGCUUCCCCACUCCCUCCGCCUUGCUUCCCCCCUCCCUCCGACCUGCUUCCCCCCUCCCUCCGCCCUGCUUCCCCCCUCCCUCCGCCCUGCUUCUCCCCACCCUCCGCCCUGCUCCCCCCUCUCUCCGCCCUGCUUCCCCCCACCCUCCGCCCUGCUUCCCCCCUCCCUCCGACCUGCUUCCCCCCUCCCUCCGCCCUGUUUCCCCCCUCCCUCCGCCCUGCUUCCCCCCUCCCUCCGCCCUGCUUCCCCCCACCCUCCGCCCUGCUUCCCCCCUCCCUCCGCCCUGCUUCCCCCCACCCUCCGCCCUGCUUCCCCCCUCCCUCCGCCUUGCUUCCCCCCACCCUCCGCCCUGCUUCCCCCCACCCUCCGCCCUGCUUCCCCCCUCCCUCCGACCUGCUUCCCCCCUCCCUCCGCCCUGCUUCCCCCCUCCCUCCGCCCUGCUUCCCCCCUCCCUCCGCCCUGCUUCCCCCCACCCUCCGCCCUGCUUCCCCCCUCCCUCCGCCCUGCUUCCCCCCACCCUCCGCCCUGCUUCCCCCCUCCCUCCGACCUUUUCCCCCCUCCCUCCGCCCUGUUUCCCCCCUCCCUCCGCCCUGCUUCCCCCCUCCCUCCGCCCUGCUUCCCCCCACCCUCCGCCCUGCUUCCCCCCUCCCUCCGCCCUGCUUCCCCCCAUCCUCCGCCCUGCUUCCCCCCUCCCUCCGACCUGCUUCCCCCCUCCCUCCGCCCUGUUUCCCCCCUCCCUCCGCCCUGCUUCCCCCCUCCCUCCGCCCUGCUUCCCCCCACCUUUCGCCCUGCUUCCCCCCUCCCUCCGCCCUGCUUCCCUCCACCCUCCGCCCUGCUCCCCCCCUCCCUCCGCCCUGCUUCCCCCCACCCUCCGCCCUGCUUCCCCCCUCCCUCCGACCUGCUUCCCCCCUCCCUCCGCCCUGCUUCCCCCUCCCUCCGCCCUGCUUCCCCCCUCCCUCCGCCCUGUUUCCCCCCUCCCUCCGACCUGCUUCCCCCCUCCCUCCGCCCUGCUUCCCCCCACCCUCCGCCCUACUUCCCCCCUCCCUCCGCCCUGCUUCCCCCCACCCUCCGCCCUGCUUCCCCCCUCCCUCCGCCCUGCUUCCCCUCACCCUCCGCCCUGCUUCCCCCCUCCUUCCGACCUGCUUCCCCCCUCCCUCCGCCCUGCUUCCCCCCUCCCUCCGCCCUGCUUCCCCUCUCCCUCCGCCCUGCUUCCCCCCACCCUCCGCCCUGCUUCCCCCCUCCCUCCGCCCUGCUUCCCCCCACCCUCCGCCCUGCUUCCCCCCUCCCUCCGACCUGCUUCCCCCCUCCCUCCGCCCUGUUUCCCCCCUCCCUCCGCCCUGCUUCCCCCCUCCCUCGGCCCUGCUUCCCCCCACCCUCCGCCUUGCUUCCCCCCUCCCUCCGCCCUGCUUCCCCCCACCCUCCGCCCUGCUUCCCCCCUCCCUCCGACCUGCUUCCCCCCUCCCUCCACCCUGUUUUCCCCCUCCCUCCGCCCUGCUUCCCCCCUCCCUCCGCCCUGCUUCCCCCCACCCUCCGCCCUGCUUCCCCCCUCCCUCCGCCCUGCUUCCCCCCACCCUCCGCCCUGCUUCCCCCCUCCCUCCGCCCUGCUUCCCCCCACCCUCCGCCCUGCUUCCCCCCUCCCUCCGCCCUGCUUCCCCCCACCCUCCGCCCUGCUUCCCCCCUCCCUCCGACCUGCUUCCCCCCUCCCUCCGCCCUGCUUCCCCCCUCCCUCCGCCCUGCUUCCCCCCUCCCUCCGCCCUGCUUCCCCCCACCCUCCGCCCUGCUUCCCCCCUCCCUCCGCCCUGCUUCCCCCCACCCUCCGCCCUGCUUCCCCCCUCCCUCCGACCUGCUUCCCCCCUCCCUCCGCCCUGUUUCCCCCCUCCCUCCGCCCUGCUUCCCCCCUCCCUCCGCCCUGCUUCCCCCCACCCUCCGCCCUGCUUCCCCCCUCCCUCCGCCCUGCUUCCCCCCACCCUCCGCCCUGCUUCCCCCCUCCCUCCGCCCUGCUUCCCCCCACCCUCCGCCCUGCUUCCCCCCUCCCUCCGCCCUGCUUCCCCCACCCCCUUCCCUGCUUCCCCCCACACCCUCUACCUGCUUCCCCCCAUCCCCUUCCCUGCUUCCUUCCAUCCCCUCCCUGCUUCCCCCCAUCCCCUUCCCUGA